AAAUAGGUGCUGGUGCAAUCCUUAUUUCAGAACUAUAUCAGAAUCUCAACCUCAGGAGGAACUAGUACCAACAAGAAAAGCAAACAUGGGUGGAGAAGAAUCAACGCCAGCACGGACACCAUCACCACCCCCACCAAAGAAGGAAUUUGACCAACAAUGGAGGAAAACAUGUUGGAGUAAAGAAGAGAGAGACCACAUGGUGGAUGAACUGAGGAACUUUAAACUGAGUGAUCCUGACGUGGGUCAGCUCAGAUGCCUGCUAUAUGGACCAGUCGGUGUAGGAAAGUCCAGCUUCAUCAACUCAGUCAACAAUGUCUUCCAAAAUCGGAUAACAAGUAGUGCCCUGGUAGCUUCUACCUCCGGCACAAGCUUCACCAUGACAUAUGACACACACUACAUUCAAGGCCGUUCAGGAGAAAAACGUCUUCCCUUUGCAUUCAAUGAUGUCAUGGGUCUGGAAACACAAAAAAAUGGGUUGCACCCUGAUGACAUCGUCAAUGCUCUGAAGGGCCAUCUACCAGAGGGCUAUGAGUUCAAUCCUUUCCACCCAUUAUCGGACCAAAAAAAGGAAUUCAUUCAGAAUCCCAGCUUAAGUGACAAAACUCACUGCCUGGUGAGUAUUGUGUCAGCGGACAAAAUCUCUAUCAUGUCAAAGGAUGUCAUAGACAAGAUGAAGAACAUCAGGGCAGAAGCCAGCAGACUGAAAAUCCCUCAAGUUGUUGUCAUGACCAUGCCAGACAAGGCGUGUGAGCUGGUGAACAAGGAUGUGAAGAGAAUCUACUACAGCAAGGCAAUCAAAGAGAAGAUGGAGCUCUGCAGUAAUGAGCUAGGCCUUCCCAUGAACUGCAUCCUGCCGGUGAAGAACUACCACGAGGAGGGGAUGCUGGAUAACGACAUGGAUAUCCUGAUACUCAACGCCAUGACUCUGAUUAUGAACUUCGCCAACGACUAUCUCUGGCAACUCCAACAACAUGCAAUUUAAAAAUAGAAUGAGUAUUAAGAGAUUAGUUAGUGAGCCCUGAAGUUUAAGAUUGGAAUGAAGUUCCUUAUUUCUAUAUUUUUUACAUUGUGGUCGUAUCAUUUCACUUCCAUGUAGAAGCCUAAAUAGGUUAUCUGCGGCUCCCGGAGAAAGGUAUUUUGAUUGAGUAUGCAUUUCGUGUGACAAGAAAAUCUUUAAAAUAAACUGAGCAUUGCUGUGCAUAUAUGCUACUUUUUAACAUUAACACCCAACAGUGUACAAUUGUGUUAGAUAAACUAGCAUCUUUCACUGAAUUCUUCAGAUGACUGAAACUGAUCUUAAACCAUACUUUGUUUUCCUGAUAUUGCUGUAAAAUUAAUAUGUGACAUUGUUGUAUCUUUUUUUUGUAGCUUUUCUGCUUAAGUUGACUUAAUUUCCAGGUAAAUUUUAAGUUAGCCAUUAUUUUUAUUUUAUUUAUGACAUCGCCAUCUUUCUCUCUAUAA